AGGAUAUAGAUCCAAUGUUUUUUCUCUUUGUCUCUGUCUCUCUGUCUCUGCUUUCAAACCGAAGCACUCAUCAUGAAAAGAGUUAAAGACUCGGUGUGGAUGUGUUUGGUUUCGUGAGAUUUAAAACUUGAUCCUCUGUUUUUAGAAGAAGAAGAAGAAGGAAAAAGGAGUAACCUUUUGGAGUUUUUCUUCUCACUCACUUUUGUGUGUGUGUUUCGUAACGUAAUCCUCAAUCAUAAGAAAACAAUGGAGUGUUCUGUGUUUCAUCAUGUAGUGAUUGUGUUGAUGUUACUUUGGCUUCUCUCUUACUUUAACCGUUCACACGCCCUUUUCUAUUUCCUCGCUCUCAUCUAUCUCUACCUGGUUCAUGAACGGUAUGUGAUGAGAUUGAGGAAGAAGUUUCAGUUUGAAGAGAGGAAACAAGCUAACCAGAAACGGGUUCUGUCUGAUUCUGAAUCGGUGAGGUGGUUGAAUCAUGCUGUGGAGAAGAUAUGGCCUAUUUGUAUGGAACAGAUCGCUUCUCAGAAGAUUUUGCGUCCCAUCAUACCUUGGUUCUUGGAUAAGUAUAGACCUUGGACCGCGAAAGAAGCUUUGAUACAACAUCUCUAUUUGGGUAGAAACCCUCCUUUGUUGACUGAUAUAAGAGUGCUUCGUCAAUCUACUGGUGAUGAUCACUUGGUAUUGGAACUUGGAAUGAACUUCCUCACAGCAGAUGAUAUGAGCGCAAUACUUGCAGUGAAGUUAAGGAAAAGACUUGGUUUUGGAAUAUGGACAAAGUUACAUCUAACAGGAAUGCAUGUCGAAGGAAAGGUGUUGAUUGGAGUGAAGUUCCUUCGUCGAUGGCCGUUUCUGGGGCGGUUACGCGUCUGUUUUGCAGAGCCACCUUAUUUCCAAAUGAAUGUAAAACCGAUCUUCACUCAUGGAGUUGAUGUUGCUGUGGUUCCUGGGAUUGCAGGAUGGCUAGACAAACUCUUGUCUAUUGCAUUUGAGCAGACUCUUGUUGAGCCAAAUAUGCUUGUAGUUGAUAUGGAGAAGUUUGUUAGUCCACAGUCAGGAGGUAACUAUUGCAGUCGAUAUUCAGAAUCCAUAACUUCUGUGUUCUGUCUUGUACUUCUUUUUUAUGAUUACAUUUGGUGUCUGUGUGUUUUGCUUCCAGAGAAUUGGUUCUUCGUUGAUGAGAAAGAACCAGUUGCACACGCACUCGUUGAAGUCGUUGAAGCAUCUGAUGUUAAACCAUCAGAUCUAAAUGGUUUAUCUGAUCCUUAUGUGAAAGGACAGCUCGGCGCUUACAGAUUCAAAACCAAGAUACUAAAGAAAACGCUCUCACCCAAAUGGCAAGAAGAGUUCAAGAUACCAAUCUUGACAUGGGACUCUCCAAACAUACUCAACAUUGAAGUUCAAGACAAAGACAGAUUCAGCGACGACAGCCUCGGUGACUGUCAAGUAAACAUUGCAGAGUUUAGAGGCGGGGAAAGAAACGAUAUGUGGUUACCUCUCCAGAACAUCAAGAUGGGGAGACUUCACCUCGCUAUUACAGUAACUGAAGAGGAAGCAGCAAAGGUAGAUGACCCGUUUGAAGGAGCAACAAUAAGUAAAGAAGACAUGUGGGCUUCUUUUGCUUUUGAUGAUGCAAAUAAAAGUUCCUUCUCUUCAGUGGUCUCUGAUAAGUCUCCAAAGGUUAGGGAUAAUCUUGAACCAAUCAACAUUGAAGGACAAGAAGAGACUGGAAUAUGGGUGCAUCAACCAGGAACUGAAGUCUCACAGAUAUGGGAGCCGAGAAAAGGCAAGACUCGUCGAUGCGUCGAUAACAAUAUACUUGGAGUUGUUACUCAUGAGAGUACUACUGGUAGUAAUGAAAGCAGCAGCCCUGAUGAAAACCAGGAAGGGAAGAACACGGUGAAGUCUGUUGGUCGGGGAUUGAAGAAAGUCUUCCAUAGGAAUGGGAAGAAGGAAGAAGAGUCAGGGAACUUGGAGGAGGAUGUCAGGUCUCCUAGGGUCAACUUGAAGGCGUUAAACCGAAAGGAUGUUGGGGUUAAGUACAUCGUUGAAGACCGUUUAUCAGGGCCUCUGACAGGAAGAAGUCCAAAGGGUGAGAGCUUUGGUUCUGAAGAUGCUCAGAACAAGGGACACAUGAAGGAUGUUGCAAAGAGUAUUCUUAAACACGCUGAGAAGUCUGCAAGACAUAUAAAGCAUGCGUUUUCGCGUAAAGGGUCAAGAAAAUCAAGAGAUGAUGAGUGCUCAACCGUUCCUGAGAAUGAGUCUCUGUCCGGUUCUGAAUGUCAAUGUGAAUAUUCUGAUGAUGAUACUGCAGUUAGCAGUGUGCAGGGGACACCAAGAACAGCAAAACCUGAAGGUAAAGUUGUGAGGGCAGGAGAAGAUGAUCAUGUAAAUACAUCAGCAAACUCUAAAGAAGCAAAGGUACAAAAAGUAAAUCCAGCGAUCUUGGAAACUACACAUAUGGAUGCUUCUGCUGGAGCUGAGAAAGUCACCACGCCAAAAAAUGUCUCAUGAUAGAAAGGAAAUAUAGGUAUAAUAAAAGGCUUGUUAAGUUUGAGUAGUUUUUAAGUUUACGACAAAGGAAUAAUGUACAGCUUUUGAAUUUUGAGUCGAUGUUCUCCUAUUGAAGAAUUUUAAUUCUUAUUGAAGUUGAAUUUUUAAAUGUUUUCUUUCAGUACUGCCGUUCAAUAUGUAGUAAAUUGUUUUGCGUUAAUAAUUUUUUUUU